AUGGUAAUAUCUAUAAAAUUAGGAAUUGACCAGUUUGGUAAACAGUUCUUUAAAAAAAAUAGGUCCAAAAGACCGCUAUGGAAUACUUGGUCUAAUUGUAAAUUUUCUUCAAAUACUAAAUCGCCGUCGUCUCCUUCAGAAUUACCCAUUGAUAAGUCAACAUCUGUAAAUAACCAACCAAGUUUGGCUGAACCUUUACCAGGUUUAUCAAAAAUAAUUUAUACAGUUGAUAAAGGAGAGCAAUUUAAAACCCAUGUGACAACUUUGCCCAAUGGGUUAAGAGUUGCUUCUGAAAAAAAAAUGGGACAGUUCUGUACUGUCGGAGUCGUAAUCAAUUCAGGGUGCAGAUAUGAAGCAAAUUAUCCCAGUGGCAUAUCACAUUUUCUGGAAAAAUUAGCUUUUGGUUCAACUUCUGAGUUUCUCAACAAGGAUAAAAUUUUAUUUGAGUUGGAAAAAUAUGGAGGGAUAUGUGAUUGUGAAGCCUCAAGGGAUGCUUUUGUUUAUGCUGCAUCAGCUGACAUUAAUGGAUUAGACCCAGUCAUAAAAGUUUUAGGAGAAGUGACUUUGAGACCUAAAUUGGCUCCAGAGGAGGUGGAAUUGGCCAGACAAACAGUUCAAUUUGAACUUGAGUCAUUGCUCAUGAGACCUGAACAAGAACCUCUUUUAAUGGACAUGAUUCACGCUGCUGCUUACAAAGAUAAUACUCUUGGUUUACCAAAAAUAUGCCCUGCAGAAAACAUAGAAGUUAUUAGUAGGGAACUCCUUUUCACUUAUUUAAAAAAUCAUUACACUCCAAAAAGAAUGGUUAUUGCAGGAGUAGGAGUUGAACAUGAAAAACUACUCGAAAGUGUUAAUAGGUAUUUUGUUGAAGAAGAGCCGAUUUGGGAAAAAGAUAAAAGCUUAGUACUUAAAGAAGAAAUAGGUGUAGAUGAUUCAAUUUCACAAUACACAGGAGGAAUGAUACAGGAACAAUGUGAAAUCCCUCUUUACGCGGGUCCCUCAGGAUUACCAGAAUUAGCUCACAUUGUUUUAGGUUUUGAAGGUUGCUCCCAUAAAGACCCUGAAUUUAUUGCUGUGUGUGUAUUAAAUAUGAUAAUGGGAGGCGGAGGUUCUUUUAGCGCUGGAGGUCCUGGAAAAGGAAUGUAUACGAGGCUGUACACCAACGUUUUAAACAGGUUUCAUUGGAUGUACAAUGCAACUGCUUACAACCACGUGUAUGGAGAUACCGGAUUGUUUUGCGUUCAUGCAAGUGCUCCACCUCAAUACGUAAGAGAUAUGGUACAAGUAAUCGUACAAGAAAUGUUAAAUAUGACGGGAGAAAUUUGUCCGAUAGAAUUAAAAAGAGCUAAAACGCAAUUACAAUCAAUGUUGUUGAUGAAUUUAGAAUCAAGAGCUGUCAUUUUCGAAGAUAUUGCACGACAAGUUUUAGCCACAAACCACAGGAAACCUCCCGAAUAUUUUAUCGAUGCCAUAGAAAAAAUAACGGAAGAUGAUGUUAGAAAAAUAGCACGAAAACUUGUCAGUACGAAACCAUCGGUUGCAGCGAGGGGUGACAUACGAAAAUUACCAUCUUUUUCAGACAUUCAAGCAGCUGUCCUCGACGCGGAAGGAAGACUACCGGGAGGACAAGGUCGAUUGUCUCUUUUUCGAAAUACCCAUCACCGUAAAUAG